GAGCCCUGUUUACAGAAUGCCGACCUGACUUAGCAGUGCACAUCUUUGGGUUUUGCAUUAACAGUGUACAGCCUACAGAACAUGUAUCCUUUCUUUGAUUGAAUGGCUGCAUACGAUUUAUUGUAUUAUAAACUACACGCUGUCGCACAUCAGGAAUCAGGUUAUAAAAUGUAGCACAUGUAUACUGCUCCAUGAGAUCCAUCUGAACUGUCAAACGAACUUAAGCUCUGGUGACCAUGAGCCUUCUUGCUAAUUGCUUGAAGGGGAGAGUACGCACUUGGAGUUUGGAGUUGUGUUACUGGAAUCAUGGACAUCUGGAGAAACUGCGGCAACCAUCAAUGAAAAUAAACUAUGCAAACAAACUGAAGUUACCAUGUGCAGCACACAUAUUCACGUAUACGCGACAUGCAGGUUUAAAGUUAGGCUUGAAUUCCAGAAGUUUUUCCAGUACAUGCGGCGUGUUUAAAAGCAACAGACACACGACAGGGCACACCAAUGCAACGGAAGAAGAUGAUGAUGAAGGUGACGAGGAUGCCAUCGGAGAUGGCGAAGUUGAUGAACUUUUUCAGGAGUUUGUUCCAACAGCUAUUUUGGAUGGAGAUCACAGAGUAUUCAUAGUGCAUCCUGACGUGAAGUGGGGGAGUAAGAAGCAGCACCUGACCACAGCUGAACUGCAAAUGGCGGAGGCAGCUGGUCUGGUUCAGACACUGCAAAACUGGACAGUGGUUGACAAGGUCAUCAUGUCUACAAAGACACCAGAGAAGAGGAGGAUAUUUGGCAAAGGCAACUUUCAGACACUCACAGAAAAAAUAAGGAAGACUCCUGGGAUCACGGCUGUGUUCGUUAACGUGGAGCGUCUGCCUCCACCUGCAGAAAGAGAACUACAGGAGGCCUGGGGAGUGAAGGUGUUUGACAGAUAUACUGUAGUACUCCACAUUUUCCGCCGCAAUGCUCGCACUAAAGAGGCAAAACUUCAGAUUUCUCUGGCUGAGAUUCCCCUUCUAAGGUCACGUUUAAAGAAUGAAGUGGCAAAUCUCGACCAGCAAGGUGGAGGUUCAAGAUAUAUCAUGGGCUCAGGUGAGACAGCAAUGGAGGUUCAGCAAAGGCUUCUGAAAGAGAGAGAGCUGAAGAUCCGUGCGACUCUGGAGCGCCUGAGGCGGAAGAGGCACCUCCUCCGCUCCCAGCGCAAAAACAAAGACUUCCCCUCCGUCUCUGUCAUGGGAUACACCAACUGUGGGAAGACCACUCUCAUCAAAGCCCUGACGGGUGAUGCUGGCCUCCAGCCCAAAGACCAGCUCUUCGCCACCCUGGAUGUCACGGUCCAUGCUGGCCAGUUGCCCAGUCGCAUGACUGUCCUGUAUGUGGACACCAUUGGCUUCCUGUCCCAGCUACCUCAUCAGCUCAUUGACUCCUUCUCUGCUACUCUGGAGGACGUGGUCCAUUCGGACCUCCUUAUUCACGUCCGAGACAUCAGCCAUCCGGAGACAGCGUACCAGAAGGCAAAUGUGUUAAACGUCCUGAAGAACCUGCAGAUCCCGGACAGACUCAUGAACUCUAUCAUAGAAGUCCACAACAAAGUUGAUCUCAUCAGCGAGUAUGAACCCACUGAGCCUGACUGCUUGCCAAUCUCAGCACUGAAGGAACUCGGCCUGGAGGAUCUGAGACAGAAGGUGGAGGAGGGAAUAGUGAAAUCCACAGGGAAACAAAUCAUGUCCCUGAAAGUGGACCUUAGUAGCCCUCAGCUGGGAUGGCUUUACAAAGAGGCGGCCGUGCAGGAAGUGGAUGACGGAGGAGAUGACUGCAUCGCCACUGUCAAGGUCAUCAUCAGCGGGGCGGCAUAUGGUCGCUACAGGAAGCUGUUCCUGAACACUUGACAGCACAGACUGUCCUUGUCCCUCAGCUGCACCCCAGGCCGCCCAGGCAGGGCAUACCUGCUCUCCUACACGCCGCUCUCAAACAGCUCCUAUCGGCUGAUAACACCUGUGGUGGGCUCAGGAAUCUUAUCGCCCAAGCAAAUGAGGAAGGAGACCAACUUUAAAAUGGACAAACAAUGUAUUUCUGAGGUGAAAAUGUAACAGUAAAGUGACUAGUGGAGAAUACAAUCACAGUGACAGUGGUUCUCUUUUGACAUUUCAUUUGUUUGCAGAGAGUGAAUGAGGUGUCUUAUGUCUGGCAUACCUUAGACUUCCCUGCCUUUAAAAAACAGGUUAUGUUAUGUCAAAGGUCCCUGUUUGGCCCAUGUUCACAUGACCAUAUAUUUAUCUGAAAUGCAUCAUGAAGCUCAAAAAGAGUCUGAGUAAAAAAAAAAUAUUCAUCAAUAAAAAAAUGUGAUGUUA